UAUAUAUAUACAGUGCCUCAGUAUCUCACUGUUUCAGCUUGGUUUCACUCAGGAGAAGAAGGUAUUACCAGGAUGCAGAUCUGCAGGGAUGCAUGUUUUUUAUUUUUAACAAUAUGUCUCGUUUACCUUACGUUUGAGGUUGAAUCUUUUCAAGGGAAAUCCUGUGGCUCCCCUGGCGAAGUGAUGAAUGGCAGGUAUGACCUCACAGAGGGUGUGGAGUUCGGAGCCAGAGUAACAGCCCAGUGUGACAAAGGACAUUACAUUGUGGGUUCCAAAGUACGGAAUUGCAUGGCAUCAGGGUGGUCUGGCAGAGUCGCUAUCUGUGAAGUGGUGAAGUGUGGAGCGCCUCCUGUUGUUGCCAAUGGAAGUCUGUUGUACAGAGCUGAAGAGUCGUAUGCCUACAGAGAGGUGGUGGAGUAUCAGUGUGACAGGCAACUGACUCUGGAUGGACCCAGGUUCUUACACUGCUCUGAAACAGGACAGUUUGAGCCAAAUCCACCUAAAUGUAUCGACAUAACUUGUCCAACACCUAACAUCGAUAAAGCUUUCCGCGUAGAGGGACGUAUGCCUCCAUACAAAUACAAGUCUUUCAUCAGAUAUGAAUGUGAAAAAGGAUAUGAAAUGGAAGGUGAAUCAGGUCUUACCUGUGAAAUAGACAGCCGCUGGUCAGCAUCAUACCCAACAUGCAAAGGUAAGAUGCAUUGUGCACACAUGAUUUAAUAGGUCUGUCUUGUCUAACUUGGAUUGGUUCAUAGGUCUGUCUUGUCUAACUUGGAUUGGUUCAUAGGUCUGUCUUGUCUAACUUGGAUUGGUUCAUAGGUCUGUCUUGUCUAACUUGGAUUGGUUCAUAGGUCUGUCUUGUCUAACUUGGAUUGGUUCAUAGAUAAGUGUUUUAUUAUGAAAGAACUAUUGUGAUCCAUUUAGAUUGUUUAUUUUAAAUCACAUGUCCUUGUCUUAGAACACUAUGACAUAAGCCCUUGUCUUAGUUAUUAGAUCACGAUGACAUAAUGGACUUGUCUUAGUUAUUAGAACACUAUUACAUAAUGGACUUGUCUUAGUUAUUAGAACACUAUUACAUAAUGGACUUGUCUUAGUUAUUAGAACACUAUUACAUAAUGGACUUGUCUUAGUUAUUAGAACACUAUUACAUAAUGGACUUGUCUUAGUUAUUAGAACACUAUUACAUAAUGGACUUGUCUUAGUUAUUAGAACACUAUUACAUAAUGGACUUGUCUUAGUUAUUAGAACACUAUUACAUAAUGGACUUGUCUUAGUUAUUAGAACACUAUGACAUAAUGGACUUGUCUUAGUUAUUAGAACACUAUGACAUAAUGGACUUGUCUUAGUUAUUAGAACACUAUGACAUAAUGGACUUGUCUUAGUUAUUAGAACACUAUGACAUAAUGGACUUGUCUUAGUUAUUAGAACACUAUGACAUAAUGGACUUGUCUUAGUUAUUAGAACACUAUGACAUAAUGGACUUGUCCUAGUUAUUAGAACACUAUGACAUAAUGGACUUGUCUUAGUUAUUAGAACAUUAUGACAUAAUGGACUUGUCUUAGUUAUUAGAACACUAUGACAUAAUGGACUUGUCUUAGUUAUUAGAACACUAUGACAUAAUGGACUUGUCUUAGUUAUUAGAACAUUUUGACAUAAUGGACUUGUCUUAGUUAUUAGAACACUAU